AAUUUUUAAUAACUUGCAAACAAUUAAAUAAAGUAUAAUUUGUACAUAAUUAAUGAAGCAAAUCAACAAGUAAAGCACUGUACCUGCCGGUGAGCGUUUUCCUUAAUUUUUCUCCAGUAUUUUACAUAUUUCACUAUAAACUACAUUCUUAACUAGUGACAAGCACUUAUUCAAAAUGGACGCCAUUCAAGAAUCACUAACCAAUCUCCAACAAAUGUUUACUCAGCGCAUGGAUAUUUAUCAAGGUGAGCUGGCAGCUGCAAGUGCUGUGCCUGCAGCUACCAUCACAAGUCUGUCAGCAGAGUUCACAACUUUCCGCACUUUCAUUAUGUCCGCACUGAAGUCACUUCAAGAACAAGUGGCACUCCUCUCCUCUCAAGCAGAUAAUCUGGAGUCACAGAGUCGACGCAAAAUCUUGUUACUCCAUGGGGUGCCCGAGACCACAUCGGAAGAUACUGUCUCAGUAGUGGUUCAUACUAUUGCGACUAAAAUGAAGCUGGAGAAUUUUUCUGCUGCUGACAUUAAGCAAUGCCACAGAAUGGGCCAGUUAACUUCGGACCGGCCUCGUACAAUAUUGUUCAAGAUAGCUAACCAUGAGCGCAGAACGUCCAUAUGGAAGAUGAAAUCUGCGCUCAAGGGCACGGGUAUAACCCUGUCGGAGUUUCUGACCAAACACCGACAUGACACCUUCAUGGCAGCUAGGCAGAAGUUUGGCAUUUCCAAGUGUUGGACGAACAAUGGAUCAGUGUUCGUAAUCAUUGAUGGCAUGCGUCACCGCAUCAACACCAUGAGUGAAUUUGAAAAACUCAACAAGGCAUCCACUUCUAAGUCUGGCGAGACAGUCAAUAAGGCGCCAGCAUCAACUAGGGAGUCCCGUGCAGCAUCGAAGAGUAAGAGGGCUGCGGGCACAGGUGCCUCCGGCAAGAAGUAGAUGAUUGUGGCUGUACUGUGUUCGUCGAUAUAGCGCGAUUACUAUCCUCAGUAUUGAGGUUUUUAAUUAAAUAUUUAUCAUAUAGUGAGUACUAUUUACGAAUACCUUCUUUAAUAAUGUUUGUUUACAAAUUUAUUCGCCACUUUGACGUAUCUAUUUCAAAGUGUUUGACAUGACAUUGACAGCUUAAGAUGCCGAUGUCAUCUACGCCAAUGUUCUACACAGAGUAAAGAACACAGAUCAACAUAUAUUGUAAACACACGGUAUGUUUUUUUCUUCUGUUCCUUUUUAAUUCACACGUAUUAUUAUUAGUAUUAUUUUUUUGUUUUAGUUAUAACUGUAGUGUAAAUCUAUUGUUUUAAGUAGCGUAGUGUUUAAUAUUGUUCCUGUUCAUCAUGGUUGCUUUUAUCAUCGUUGCCAUUUUUUUGUUGUAUCACUGUAGUAUCAACACAAUAUUUUAAGUAGUGUAGUAUUGGAAAUUUCAUUUGGUCUCCAUCGCUUGCUUUUGCUUUCGAUGCCAUUUCAUUGCUGUUUCCGAAUACUCUUACUUUCUGGCUUGUUAAUUAAUGUAUUACUUUGACACGCAUCUAAUCACCGGUAGGUGAAAUAACUAGAACUCUAAAUUGUACAGCUUUUGUAUAUUUUCCUACUUUUUGCUUGUUUUGUUUUG